CCCACCUUGUAGCCAUCAGAUUCAUUCUCUUUACUUCUUUAUUUAAGUUAAUGAACAAGAUCACACGAAGUAUUUGGAACAAAAAUAAUACCACAUGUGAUCUCUCUCUAUUAUUUAUUUAUUUAUUUAUUUCUCACAAACCCACCCCCCACUCUCUCUCCUAUCCGCCACUCUCUUCCCUCCCGCCCAAAAUCCUAGUCCCUCCCCUUCCCUCCAUCUCUCCCUCAUACCAUCAUCCCCCCUUUCCCAAAAAUCAUAUUGAUUCAUAAAAAGAUCACGAAUUACAUUCUGGACUCAACUCAGGCACGAAAAUCAAAGGAUCAACAUGAAGCCAGAGGGAAAGAAUGGGUCUUCCUAGCCACUGAAUAUGCUACCCUAUUGCUAAUCUGACCCACAAAUCAAACAUGAAAAUCACUAUUCAGAGUGAUCAUAUGGAGAAUCUCCUAGAUAAUAGCCCUAACAAGGUUGCCUUAUGCAUCCUUGGCAUUAAUCUUAUCAAUGAGCACCUUCGCACCACCUUCAAACCAAACUUGAGCAACGCCAAGAUUCUGACACCACUAAAUAGUUUCACGGAGGACAAUAGUCUCCACUACAAGAGGGUCAACAAUGUUUUCAAGAACCAUUCCUCUUGCUAAGACCAUAGAUCCUCCACUAUCCUUUAAGAUCAGCCCUCCCCCUGAAUGUGAGUCAGCACGUACUGCACCAUCCCACAUACAGAUGACAAAGGUUGAAUAUACCACCUCCAUAUUUGACUACAAAGGAAACCGAUCUCGGAUCACUCUAUCUAGUGGCGGAUCCAAAAAUCAUUAUAGGAGUGUCCUCUUCCAAAAAAUAAAUUAAAUUAAAAAAUAAGGGGUUGUUUGCUUCAUGGAUUUGAAUGAUAGAUUUGGUACCCAAAUCCAUUCCAUCAUGGAUUUAAGGGAAAUCCAUUGUUUGCUUACACUUUUUACUUUUUAGAGACAAAAACCAUAGGCCCCACAGAUUUCAAGGGUCCAAAUUCGUGGACUUCACAGACUUGUAAAUCCCACAUAUUGAUGUAGGAUUUGGAACAUGCCAUAAAUCAAUGAUAGAAUUUUACCAUUAUACCCUCAUGAACUUGAGAUAUUUCAAGGUUGCCCCACAUUUACAUAUUGUACUUUAUUAUUAAUCAAUUAGUUAACAAAAAAUAAUAAUAUAGAUAUUCAAUUAAUGUACAAACAUGAGUUAGAUUUCUAUGUCAUUCCUUAUGUUCUAGUUUCUUUGACCUUUUCAUGAAACGUGAAAUUCUUUAUUCUCCGGGUUCUAAUAUAUUUUGCUAUAUGUUACUUUUGAAAAGGUGGAUAAAGAAUUGAUAACUGAUAUAUGUCACGUUAAAAUUUAAAUGAAAGUUUAUCGUUUAUUAUUAUUGUCCUUCUGGCAACAUUAUGUCUAUUAGUAAUAGUACGUUUUGUCCUUGUUUUGUGUACAUAUCAUAAACAUGACAAACAAAUAGAAAAGGAUAGUAAGAUAAUUUUGUCCUUGUUUGACGGUCGUCUUGGUUUCUGUUCGAUCAAAUCAACGACGCCGACAUUCGGCGGCGGAUAUUUGACUGUUGUGAUUGACUUAGUGUUUUGUGUUUACUUGAAAACAGUGCGCAUUGAAUGCGCGAGUUUCACUAAUGAAACAAAUUGGCACACCUGGUGGGUCGUGUGUGUUCAAAUGGCUCCGCGAUGAAGGAAUCAGGAAGGGGAUGUUUCGCCCGGAUUCAUGGAGGAACAUGUGGCCAACAUUGAAGGAGGCCAAGGAAUCGGUGCUGAAGACAUAAGCGGGUCCGAGAAUUUGCCGUCCACAGCUGGGUCGACUGAGGAUUUGCCAAUCCGCCAUUUCAUGGAGGAAAACCGUCGCAUGUUUGCUAGCCUCAACAAUGAGUUCGCAGGCUUCAAAGGAGAGUUUGUCGGCUUCAAAGGCGAGGUAAAUCAGCGUUUUGACGCUUUAAGCCAACUCUUUGAAGUUGUGACUAAAAACAGGCAUGAUUUUGAUGUUUUUGUUGAUAAAAAUCUACGUGAUAUGAAUGAAAUCAGGGAGCUUUUGGGUAGACCAGUAAUGCAACCUAGGGAUUUGUCGUUAAACGGUGAAAACAAUCUAAACAGCGAAACUGGUUUUCCAAACAACAGUGCCCGAAUUAGUCUGCCAAGACAAGGAGUUCCGCCGACACCGGUGGUGAACCCACCAACUCCGCGAGUUAAUCUUGGCGAGACUAGCACCGCUGCUAACACUCGGGUUGAACCACCGCCGUUUCACGGUGAGGGUCCACAAAAUAUCCCGGAGACCAGACACUACGUGGCUCCGAUGAGCGGUACAAUUGGUGGAGGAACGAUCAACAAUGAUCAUGUUCCGCCACGCGGUUACCAGCAAAACGUGCCUCCUCCUCCGAACAGGCUUGGCAUGGAUCCUGGUGGAUUCACACCACAAGGGGGGGCAACUCGGGGGACAAGACGUUAAUGUGAUUCGAGAUCAGGUAGCACAGAUGCUGGUGGAUCAGUUUGGUUUAGGGAUUAGACCAGCGAUGCCGCCGGUAUACAGAAAACCAUAUCCGGAUUGUGUCGAUAGAUACUACCCCUUUCCACGUGGUUUUCGCGUUCCUGAUUUCAUCACCUUCAGCGGGACUGGGGAUCAGUCCACUGUCGAGCACGUUUGACGAUUCACGGUUCAGUGUGGUGAUGUGAGUGAUUUCUUGAAGUUGCAUUUGUUUGGCAACUCGUUGACCGGUCCCGCAUUCACGUGGUACGUCAACUUGCCAUCGAACUCAGUUCAAAAUUGGCAGCAAAUUGAGCAAAUGUUCCAUUCCCAGUUCUAGCGUUCUGAGCCAGAAGUAACAAUGGCAGACUUGGCACGAAUACGCCAACAUCCAAGAGAAACGGUGGAACACUUUUUAACAAACUUUAAAAAUGCAA